AUGAGCAAUGCGCUCUUGGUCACAUGGCGGACACCAUGCGCGGGACUUCGCAGUCCCGGCGUGUUGUCGCCGGCAUCGUUCCGUCAACAGCCUCAUCUUCUCCGCAUGACGCCAUGGAACCUGUCGAUUGUUUCUGUGAAUCGAUUUUCCACUUUGCGACAUCACAAACCUCUUUUGGGAACAUUGAAUUCUCGGGCUGGGUUCAAUUCCAUAAACAACGAUUCUCCGAUCAACUACAUCUACAACCAGCGCAGGGCGAAGAGAACGACCGCCGCCGCCGCCAGGUCCUCCGCAAAGUCUACCUCCGAAGGCUCGCUAGGCGGAAAGCCACGCUCAGAAAAACAAAUCCGAAGUAUCUUUGCGUCAAACACCAUCUCUGCUGGUCUCGGAAAUAGAACCUUGGCUGUUCUCCAGGCUCGUCGGAUUCAGGGAACUCUGGAUCUUGACCUACCCACCGAUAUCUCACACUCUGUACCCCAAACACAAUUGGAUACUGCCCUCGAAUGGCUACGUCAAAAGUAUCCGCUGGAUGAAGAUGCGGCGAUACUUGCGCGGAUUGAAAGGGAGGAAAUUGAGGCGGAGCAAAAGCUCGUUCGGCGAGCAGAAGAGCUGGGCCUGUACAAGCCGCAAAGCGGAUCCUACGAUGCAGAACUGGGCGAAAACAAAUCAGUCUACGGCAAGAGCGUACUGAAGGAAGUGCGGGAAAAGAAUGAGAAACGACUCCUAGCCGAGAAAGAGCGCAAACGCCAACAAUGGCUGGAGGGCGAACAACAGGAACUGGAGCAAUUGCGCCGCCAGGUGCAAGGCAACACGGCACUGCAGCAGUAUCAAGAAGUUGGGCUUACAGAAGCUCGGCCUCGUGCGGAUCCGAAUGAGCGACCAUACCUUGCCUGGGUGCAAAAACACCACAUUGCGGCGACUGAAUUGCCGACCGACUCUGCAGAGCUUACGACUACCCAACGGCUUUUGUCACCCUUCAUUUUCGCUCUUGCGACUCUUGGGCUCUGCUAUUAUUUUGCGCAAAACUAUGAGGCUCCAGCCCGGCGAGAUCGCUUAUGGCCGGAUGUUCCCCCAGCUGCAGCCACCGUAGGAGCCAUAAUCGGUGCCAACAUUGCGGUCACCUUGAUGUGGAAAUACGUUCCACCGGCAUGGAAAUUGCUGAAUCGCUACUUUGUGAUUGUGCCGUUUUAUCCCAGAGCCUUGGCCAUUCUGGGCAGCACGUUCAGUCAUCAGACAUGGAGACAUUUGGCCACCAACAUGAUGGUCCUUGGUCUUAUGGGAACCAGAGUUCACGAUGAGCUCGGCCGUGGCAACUUCCUAGCAAUUUACAUGGCUUCUGGUGCUGUCGGCUCACUGGUAUCGUUGUCCCGCAGUGUGCUCCUAGGUCAUUUAGGAAUGACUUCUCUGGGAGCCAGUGCUGCUACCAGCGGUGUUGUAGCCGCAUGGUGCAUGUAUCACUUUGACGACAAAAUUACAAUGUGGAUCCUACCGCGUGAGCUUCGCGAGACGAUCUGGACCCAAGGCUGGAUUUUCUUGGCCUGUUUGGUGGCCACGGAGAUUGUCAGUAUGGUCACACCCGCGCGCUUCCUAAGAGUCUGGCCCCUGUCACGCCUAACCAAAAUGGAUCAUGCCGCUCACUUGGGCGGUUAUUUGAGCGGUGCGGGUUGCGGUUACGCAUUGAUUCAGCAACGGAGAGCUCGCGAAAGACAGAGAGCACGCGAUUCUAGUUGGCUUGACAAGCUUGUCCGAUGA